GGCGACCGAAUGCUGCGCUAUCGUCGAGUCUGAAUUCGUUGCUGUCCGGCUGACUAACCUUGUGAAAAGUAUUAGGUUAUAAAUGGCGUCUACCAAGCAAGUAAAUAAACUGAAAAGAAAAUUGGUCGAGCAUGGAAGUGAUACGGACGAUGAAAAUGAUGGCCACCACAAGAGUCACAGAUCUAAUACAGAAGCUCCACGAUUGUGUCCUUACCUGGACACGAUCAAUCGUCAAUUAUUAGAUUUCGAUUUUGAAAAAUUGUGUUCGGUGUCUCUAUCUAGAAUAAAUGUAUACGCUUGUUUAGUUUGCGGAAAAUAUUUUCAAGGUAGAGGCACCAACACUCAUGCCUAUACUCAUAGUGUCGCAGAAUCACAUCAUGUAUUUCUGAAUCUCCAUACGCUGAAAUUUUACUGUCUACCGGACAACUAUGAAAUCCUUGAUUCGUCACUGGAUGACAUAAAGUAUGUGCUAAAUCCGACUUUUAACAAAUCACAAAUAGCGAAUUUAGAUAAAAGCGACAAAUUGUCGAGAGCGAUUGAUGGCUCAAUGUACUCGCCGGGUAUUGUUGGAAUGAAUAAUAUCAAAGCGAAUGAUUACUGCAAUGUUAUCCUGCAGGCUCUAUCGCAUGUUACACCGUUGCGGGAUUUCUUCUUGAGAGAAUCCAACUACUCUAACGUGAAACGACCUCCCGGAGAUUCGUCUUAUUUGCUCGUCCAAAGAUUCGGAGAGCUGAUGAGAAAGCUUUGGAAUCCGAGAAAUUUUAAAGCACACGUCAGUCCGCACGAAAUGCUCCAAGCUGUCGUUUUAUGGAGUAAAAAAAGGUUUCAAUUUACAGAACAAGGUGACCCAGUUGAUUUUCUAUCCUGGUUUCUCAAUGCUUUACACCUCGCCCUCAAUGGGACGAAGAAAAAAGACUCUAGUAUAAUUUUCAAAACAUUUUUGGGUCAUAUGCGAAUUUAUACGCGAAAGAUACCGCCUCUCGAACUCGAGGAGAGCCAACGCAGCGAGCUUUUAAAUACCAUUGAAUACGGGGAGACCGUUACCGAAAGUCCUUUUCUCUAUUUGACUUGCGAUUUACCACCUCCCCCACUAUUCAAGGAUCAGUUUACCGAAAACAUCAUUCCACAGGUGAAUUUAUACACUCUGCUGAACAAGUUCAAUGCAGUCGCUGAAAAAGAAUGCAAGACUUACAAAGAAAAUUUUAUGAGGAGAUUCGAAAUAACCGAGUUACCACCGUACCUGAUUUUGUACAUCAAGAGAUUCACGAAAAAUACGUUUUUCGUCGAAAAGAAUCCGACUAUCGUCAAUUUCCCCGUCAAAAACGUCGAUUUCGGUGAUAUCUUAACACCGGAAGUUAAAGCUAAGCAUCCUUACACGACUUACGACUUGGUAGCGAAUAUAGUCCACGACGGUGAACCGGGUCAAGGAACGUACAGAGUACACGUGUUGCACAGAGGUACCGGUCAGUGGUACGAGAUGCAGGAUUUACACGUUACGCAAAUCUUACCGCAGAUGAUCACACUUACGGAGGCCUACAUCCAGAUUUAUGAAUUGCGGAAAGAAACUCGUGCGCAAAUCGACGCAUCGCAAAUAAAAAGCGGUACGUAACAUAACGAAUGUUUUACAGUAUCAAGGAAACGUCUAUCAAAUAAGUAUUUAAUAAAGUACGAUAUUUUGAAGAAA